AUGUCAUAUAAAAUUUAUAAUAUUAAUGGCGGCUAUUUUUUUCACUCCGAUGAAGACAUCCUUCAGGCAAAAUGUACCAGUACUUUGAUAAAGGGAAAGAAAAAUGUCGUUGUCAACACCAUGGCACCUUGGGAUGAUGGGAGAAUGAUAGCAAGUUUAGUUCUUCAUGAAGUAGAUCCAAAGCAAGUAGCCGUUGUUGUCUCCACUAAUGGAAGUUCAAGUUAUAUUGGAAACAAUCAUAUGUUCAAAGAUUGUAUUCACAUCAUUGGGAAUUGCAUUCAAAGGAGGAAUGUAUUUUUACCUGAUCCAUUCCGUGAAGGUAAACCUUAUUUGAUAGAUGAAGAUGAUCUUAAAGUAAUCCCAACUCCAGGCCGUACUUUAGAUGAUGUUUCAGUUGUAGUAAAGACUGAAGACAAGGGCACUGUUGUAAUUGCUGGUGAUUUAUUUAUUAAGGAAGAGGAUAUUGAAGACGAAUCUAUCUGGUUAUCAACUCAAAGUGAAUGCCCCAAUCUUCAAAGGAGCAAUAGGGAAAUGGUAUUAAAUAUGGCAAAUCAUAUUAUACCAGGAUAUGGUUUAAUAUUUGAAGUUACGGCAGAAAAAAAAAAAUUAUUCUAUGCACAAAGACCACCUUUUCGGCCAGAUCCAGAAGUGAUGGCCAUGGUUGGAAUAAAAUGA